AUGUCUUCACCUAUCCCGGAAACUGUGGCUGACGCCUUGCGCCUCUCGAAUUUGUCCUUUCGGCAUCUGUUCUAUGUUUGUGGAGUGUAUUUUGUCUGCAGGGUGGUUUACUGGUUGAUUGUAUACCCACGUUUUUUUUCACCCCUGCGUCACCUUCCUGGGCCGCCUGUGGGUGAGCCCAUCCUGGGUCAAGCCAGGAAGAUAUUCAGCACCCAGGUGGGAAUGGCAGCGCGAGAAUGGAUCAACGAAUAUGGCUCGAUUGUACGGGCGGUUGGGCCGGUAGGUCUUGAACGAUUAAUCUUCAUAACUCCGGAGGGUCUCCACCAAAUAAUGUCGAGGCCGCUGGAUUGUCCUAGGCCCCUCUACCUCAGGAAUUUUUUCGAGCUUAUCACUGGUCGUGGAUUAUUAACCGUUAUGGGUGAGGAGCACAAACAAAUGCGCCGGGUCAUGAACCCUGCGUUUUCUCUACAAAACCUUAUGGCUCAGACGGAUAUGUACUACGAACCCAUCACAAAGUGCGAGUCUUCUCUUCUUCAAUCAUGCCGACAUAACGCAACGCCAUCUAGCCUUGUUAACAUCAUUUCUGCGAAACUCGACCUUAACGGCGAGAAAGGUGCCAUCCUUCCUAUGUACGAAUGGCUCAGCAAAGUUACUCUCGAUAUUAUUUGUGAGACAGCUUUCGGAUACCAUGCGGACUCUUUAAACAAUCCCCAUGACGAGCUGGCCGAAGCAUACGAAAUUCUACUUAACCUUCAAACGGGCCAGAACAUGUUCCGCUUCGUGUUCGCCAUGUCGCUUCCUGGCGGCCCACGUUUUCUUUCAUCAGAGUUCGCGUACAAAUACCGCGCAUUCUUCAAAUAUACCCGAUUCUUCGGCAAGUUUUCCCCUUCGUCAAGUUUUGGGAGGGUUCAAACAUUCUCACGACAAAUCUUGUCCGAGAAGAUUAAAGACUUGGAAGAAUCCGGUGUAUCUGCCGAUGACAUGCAUGGGAAGAAAGACAUCAUGAGCCUCCUAAUGCGCGCCAGGGCGAAUGAGACGGACCAACGCGGGUAUGCCAUGAGCAACAAUAUCAUGGUCGACCAAGUACUUAUUUUCCUUGGUGCCGGACAUGAAACCACAGCAAGUGGCUUGACCUGGACGCUCUGGCUCUUGGCAAAUAAUAAGGGGUAUCAGUCAAGACUGCGCGACGAAGUUACCCCUGUAUUCCAGGAAAAUCCAAGGCCUGAUUAUCGAACCUUGAACGGACUGGAAUGGCUUGAUUGCGUGAUAAUGGAAAGUCUGCGCGUCAUGCCUCCUAUACCGACGACUGUAAGAAAGACCGCUACGACGGAUUAUAUUGACGGCGUUUUGGUACCGGAGGGAACGCUUCUACAAAUCUGUAUCCGUCAGAUUAACACGUGGAAACAUGUUUGGGGAGAGGACGCUGAGGAAUUCCGACCUGAACGAUGGUUUAAUCUCCCUAAAGCAUAUAAUCCCUCGUACUCUCAUCUUUCCUUCAUUUCUGGACCUCAUUCCUGUAUUGGAAAGACUAUGGCUAUUAUCGAAAUGAAGGCCGUGUUGGCUUCAUUGAUCCUGAAUUUUGAUUUCGAUCCGGCUUACCCUGGUCAAGAGGCCAAGCCCGCGUCGGCCAUCACAAUGAAACCUACAGAUGGCAUGCCCUUGACUGUUCGUCGUGCCUAA